UCAAAGUAUUAAAAAGCAAUUUUCCCACAUAAUACUCCGAGGAAGAUACGAAGCCAAACACUGUGUUGGUCGUGAUUGUUGUCUCACACACAUCAUAGUACCAUUUCUGGUCAAAGAUCAUUGCUUAUUUUUCAUUAUUUCUCAAAAGCAGCCAUAUAUAUAAUAUGGAAUAAAUAAAUAAAUAAAUCGUACGUGCUGAUAUCACGGUGUUAUCAACAUUGGACACGUGUGUUUGUUUUUUCCACCUACCAUGGAUUUUUUAUAUAAAAUGUUACAAUUUUAGAGUGUUAAUUUCUCACUUAUAUAUUUGCUGAAUUGCGAAGACAAGUUCAAAGCAUUCAAACACAAUCUAAUCUUCAAAUUGAAGCUAUUCAAAGCAAGAAAAUGGAGAUACUAUUUCCCAAGGCAACGUACGGUGGCAUAAAGAGGUACCUGAGACGGCAGCGCUACCGGCGUCUCCACGGUGGCGCGGCCACCGGAAGGAGGAAGAUGGCGAUAAUCCAAUUGAGAGGUCCACGGAGGCAUUGGAGGUUGAGAACGAGUGGAAGGCUUAGAUGGUUGAUGAUAUCGCCAUUGAAGAUGUUGGCAAAGCUGAAGAAUGUUUACAUGAACUUGAUGCUGAAGAUGGCAGGGAGCACACGUGCUAUAAACAGUGAUAAGAUUUUCGGUGUUAAACGGAUUCCAAACCCUCGCCAGGUGUCAAAGAAAUAUGCAUGUGAUGAAUUUGAGGCCAGAAUCCUUUUUGAGAUUUCUAAGACCUUAGUGCCUUCCUAUGAACUUCAUCCCAUGUAAUUAAUUUUGAUAUAAUCAAUAAUGUUUACUUAUUGUACAAGCUGUAAAAAUAAUAGUUUUAAAAUUUCUUUUAUAUAAAAACUAAAAUGAAUAAAUAAAAUAUAAAAA